UUUUAUGUCUAUGCCGUAUUUGGUACAGUCGGCGGCCUGAUUACAAUUUUCACAGUGCUUGGGAACCUUCUGACAGUUUUAUCCUACAUAAGAGAUGACAAACUUCACUCAGUGUAUAACACGUAUAUAUUAAACUUGGCAAUAGCAGAUUUUAUUCUUGGAUUCGUGGUUCUACCGAUAUAUAUGGUCUACGAGAUCGGACCAAGUUCGUUCUGGUUGGAUUACUAUCUCUGCAAAGCGUUUUAUGUUAUAGAUUUUACAGUGUGUGUAGAAGGCGUGUUUAUGAUGAUAAUAAUUAGUUACGAUCGCCUGAUGCUACUUAGGUGUGGUAUUUCGUACCAUCAGAUUGAGACCAAAAGAAAAUGUACUAUAGUGAUAGCGUUAUCGUGGGUCUUAGCAUUUCUUGUAUAUGGACCAUCUAUUAUAUUUUGGGACAUUUGGCAAGAUAUGGACGACAUUAAUGUACCAGGGAUGUGCGAUGUACAAUUCGCACACCAUUCCGUUUUCACAACAACAACUGCAUUCUUGGAAUUUUUUAUUCCCUUAAUUCUGCUUUCGAUUGUUGAUAUUUCCAUUAUAUCCGAGCUCCGAAAACGGACAAAAUUUCGUAUUACAUCAAUAUUCAGAAGGAGUUUCAGACGAAGCAGUAAAUCAAAAUCCGAAUCAACGAAAUCAAAAUCUUCUUUGAUAUCAGACAAUGAAUCUAAAGUUGAUUCUGUAAAAAGUAAAGACUCUAAAAGGAAAGAAAACAAAACAUGUCAAACUGAUUAUCGAAAACGUAGAGAAAAGAAAGCGAUGAAAUCGUUAGGUUUACUAAUGGCAGUGUUUUUUGUCACAUGGGCACCCUAUACUAUUUAUACUAUCAUCAAAUCCGUACAGAAAGGAGACAUCGAAUUAUUGAGUUAUGAAGCUUUAACGUGGUUUCUUUGGCUGAAGUCGGCUGUUAAUCCGUUGUUAUAUGCCUUCAACAGUAAAAGAUAUAGACGGAAUUUUAAGUUUUUCCUUUGCUGUAUCAAAUCACUUCCCUUAUUUAAGAAGAACGAAAUGUAAAUGGCAGGUGUAACAAAACUUGUAAUAAACUAUAAAUCAAUAAAACGGCAGUUUAUCAUUUUAAUAUCUUCGUCACAAAUGUUAUGGAGGAUCAAGGAAUGCACACUAUUGGGGAGAGAUAUGAAAUUAUCAUUAAUUAUAAUCACCAAAAGAAAUAAUUUCAAAAAGUGAAAGUUCGGAAGUACGAAACAUUCCUAUAAGAAAAUGUAUUUGGCAAUUGUUUGUAAAAGAUGUACAUGUAUGUAAAAGAUUAACAAAUAAACCAAGAAAAACGUCAUCUUAAAAGAUAUACAUGUAUGUAAACGAUUAACAAAUAAAUCAGU